AUGGACGCAGACGAGCAGGCGCAGAAGCAGGCGCAGAAGCAGGCGGACGAGGAGGACGAAGAGGAAGAUGCAGGAUUGGUGGAGAGCAACAUGUCCGCCGACUGGGAUAACGUCAACGCGCACGGGCCAAUCGGGGAAAAGCAUAAUAUUCGGAAGAAGGACGAGCAGGACGUGGAGUCUGAUUGGGAGCCUCCUGAUGGUGAUUGA